CAGAAGGCCCAGCAGUAAGUAGCCGCGGCCGCUGCCGCCAGCAGCCUUGUGUCUCUUUCUGGCCGGCAGCCAGUCACAUUCCUUGCUGUGCCCUCGGAGGAUGGAGCCAGCCCCGGCUCACAGCGCGAGCCCCCACCCGCCCCGCAUUCCUCAGGGCAGGCCAGGGGGUUCUGCCCGCGCGGGCGGCAGCGCCACAUCAAGCCGGGGCGGCGGCGGGGAAGCUGCGGCUCAGUGACUAGCUCCCGGCUGGCGGCAUGUCCCCAGCGCCCCGUCCCCUGCCCUGCUCCCACGCGCGCUCCCUGCCCGCCGCCUGACCCGCCCGCGCGGGGCUUGGCGGAUCCCGACCCCGGGCUUGUCUCGGCGGAGCGUUUAGGGCCAUGACUCAGUGCUGCCAGGCGGGCUGGGGGAGCCGAGCCGGGAUGCUGCAGCAGGCGGCCUAGGGGGGAGGCGAUCGCUGGGGCCCGCAGCUCAGCCGGGCGAAGGAGCCGGAGCGUCUGAAUCCUUCACUCCGGACCCGUCGCUGCCGAGGGGGAAGCAAUGAGCGCAAGGGCCCCGGCGAGUGUCCUUUGGAUGGUGCUGCUGGCGCUGUGGAGACUCUGGCCCCGGGCUGAAGCGGGCUGCUCUGAAGAGAGAAGAUGCUGCCCUGGCCGGGACCCAAGCUGUGCCAGCACCGGCUGGAGGAUGGACAGAGUCUAUGGGACCUGUUUCUGCGAUGAAGCCUGCAAGCUCACUGGGGACUGCUGCUAUGAUUACUCGCAGGCGUGCCCAGCUCUUCCGUGCAUUGUUGGGGAGUGGAGUCAUUGGAGUGGCUGUGCAGAGCAGUGUAAGCCUAAUUUGCGAAUGCGUAGGCGCUAUGUGAAGCAGGAACCUAAAAAUGGUGGGGAACCUUGCCCCCUACUUGAAGAGAAGUCUGGCUGCCUGGAAUACCUGACUUACCAGGGGCAGGACUGCGGACAUGAACACGUUCCUGCUUUCAUAACUACCUCUGAAUACAGUAAGGAAAGAAAAAGACGAGCUGUCUCCCCACUGUGGUCUUCAGAUACAGAGGAAGCCGGAUAUUGUGUGGAAUUUAAAACUGAAUCACUCUCUCACCAUUGCACUGUGGAGAAUCGGCCAUACGCCCGCUGGAUGCAGUAUCUACGAGAAGGGUAUACUGUGUGUGUAGCUUGCCAGCCUCCAGCUAUGAAUACUGGCAACCAUCGUUGUUCUGGAGAUGGCCUGGGUUCUGAUGGAAAUAAAUUUCUCCAUUGGCAAGCUGUUGGUAAUCCUCAGUGCCAAGGAACAUGGAAGAAAGUUCGCCAAGUGGAACAAUGUUCAUGUCCUGGUGUGCAUAGUUUUAUUUUUACAUAAAAGUUGGAAAGAGAACUUUGAAGAACAUCCAUGAACAUCUUUAAAUCAAUUUAAACACUUUGUGAAGCCACAAGAACUCUAUUUUUCUGCUGUGCUUGCUUGCUGAACCUUAAAUCGAAUUUUAAAAAAAAGACAAGACAAGACUUUCAGAGCCAUUCUGGUUGAGUGUAUAUGUUUGCCCUGUACCCAGAUAUUAAGAUGGAUCUUCUUACUGCUAAGCUACCUUUUUUCUCUUUUUUUGUAAUUAAAAAGAUUGAAU